CAACAACCUCACCGUCCCGCCCUUCCUCACCACCGCCGCCCGCCAUGGCUCUCCCACUCCCACCAGGCCUAACACCCAACGAAGUCGGCUUCCUCUGCGAAAUGGAACUCGUAACGAUCAUCCCCCGCCAACGUCUCGACUCGCUGGAACUUCUCGGUGGCCCCACAAACACCCUCACUCCACCCUUCCCAACCACUCUCCCCCUCUGGCUCGCCCUCCUCCUCAAACGCCAAAAUCGCGCCAACAUCUCCCCUCCACCCUGGCUGACCCUCGACUCCCUCACCGCCCUGCUCGAAUUCGAAACCUCGCCCGAUCUCGCCGGUGUACUCGCUCCGUCGCCUACACUCCCCGCUCCACGCUCUGUCGCCUCAUUACCAGACGACCCAUACCUUGAAUCGUCCACCCUCGAAUUGUCACCACCAUUCGUUAAAGACGCAUGCACGUCAAAAGCGCAGGACAACGCCCUUCCGUUCCACUGGCUGGAAGUCGCGCAUCUACUCCUCACGCAUGCGGCGGAGGACUUUGAGGAUGGAGAUCAAGUAAGACGACUCGUGCGGGACUUGAGGGAGGUGAGGAUGAGUAAACUUCGGAAAGGUUUUGCUGUGUUGGAUGCUGGAGGGGCGGUGAAGUUGAAUGGCGUGGGAGCGCUUGAGGUUGCGGAGGUCAGGGGUUUUGUGGGAGGAGUGGUGGAUGGGUUGAGGAAGAUUAAUCGCAGUCGGGAGGAGGCGAGAAGGGAGGGGAUGAUGGAGGAGAGGGACGGGUUGGAGGGGAAUGGGUACCAGAACAGUUACGAUGACGAUGAGGAUGAUAUGCAGUUAUGA